CCCACGCAGUAGAGAGCAGGUAGGAAUCAUAAACAAUUCUUCCAGCGGGCUUUAAACAACUGUGAAUUUGAAAACGUUGAACGUAAAGGGAAUUGACUUCUUUGCCAAUGCUGACGCAUGCUUGGCGCCAUUUUGUCCUCUAAGCAAAAGCAUAUUCAAGCAGUGGUCUCUGACAGCAGUACGAUAUUCUAGAAACAAGCAAUGUUUACAUUGCGAAAAACCUCGUCAAACCUCAAUCUCGUCGAGGCAACGCUAGCCCUCGUAGACUUUCUCAACGAAGUCGAUGCCUUGGGUUACCUAUACCGAGGCCAGCUUCUGGCAAAUGCAAUAAGACGAUACGAGCAUUUCUGGCUCCCCAUGGCCGCCAGUGAAAACACGGCGCAAAUAGCCGCUCCAUUGGAUGUCGAAUGGGUCUGGUACCUGCACAUGCUAUCACCGCGCGUCUACGAUAGCGAUUGCCAGAGCCUGGUGUCUAAGCUCGUUGAUCGUAAGGUUUUUACCGGAGAACAAAAAAAGUUCGCGUUAGAAAAAUCGCAGGAGAUUUGGAGACGGCUUUACCCAAACGAGCCUUUCGAUGUCGACCCAGGCCGAGUCUCUCAAAUAUCGGCCGCGCAAUCGUCGGAGUUGUCAUGUGACUUGAUUCGCGCAGCCGCAAAUCAGAGAAAUUUUUAUUACCAAGUCUCGCUGCCGCAUUAUUCCGAUCGUAAGUUUCUUGAAAACGCUGUGAAACGAUACAGGAGAUUCCUUCGGCUUCACUCCAGCUCGUCAAGAGAGAUCUUUGUACCCACGUGUGACAUUGACCUCAUUUGGCAUGCGCACCUCGCAAAUCCGCUGGCCUACCGUAAGGAGUGUUCGAAGUUAUUUCAAGGAACGCUGGAUCACGACCACGAAGAUCACGUGGCACGAUGUGACGCUCCGUCGGUCUGCGCAGCCGCAAUCACGCAAGAACGUUGGACGAUGACGUAUGGGGAUAGCUAUGUUCUAACAGGUACAUCAGUGAGACGAGAACCACCUCAACCGCAGGGCACGUUGUCUGCAGAUGCCUGGAAAGAUCUGGCUGCACCUAUCUACAACCUGAGGUUAGUUAAGGUGGAAGUAAGCGAUUUUCCAGCGGACAGCACGUAUCGUUUAUCAAUCAGCCAAAACUGCGGAUUGGAACAGACUGUACUUGCGGUAACUGGAGCGUCAUCGUGCGCCAGCGAUGAUGGACUUCUAGCUUUCACGUCAGCGGCUGUGAACGCAGACGCUCCAGUGAUGUUGACGGUAAAGGUGACCCUAGCGGAUACCUCGAAAUGUAACAGCGUUCCUUUACUAUUCUUCCCGGAAUCCUUAGAGGCCGUCCUCAAGGAAAAUGACGUCACUCGACCCAAGGUUUCGAAGCGCGACUUCAAAAUCAUCCCCCCGUUGGCGGACUCCGCUGGUAAGGUUUCGCUGACGUUUCAGAUAAUGCCUCCGCAAAGGACUGGUAACUAUUCCCUACACGUAAACCAAUACGACAACGUGAUUGAGGUCCCGGAUUUAGCUGCGGGCGUUGCAAACCCGACAUCAGUGGCCGUUCCGUUUAUGAACGAAGGCCCUUGCAAAGUCUCGUUGUAUGGCGUCCAUUCCUACACGAGUAGCGAGGUGUUCAGGUGCAGAAUAGCGGAACCAAUUUCCUCUCUGCUAUUAGCUGUCGAAGUAACAGAUCUGACCGGCCGAAUUAUAUCCUCCAGUCAUUCAGUCUCCAAAGGAGAGUUACCAUUCAAAGAACAAGUUGUAAAACGCCUGAAAGAUUUUCCUUACACAAAAUCAAAAUAUGACCCAAGGUUGUUAAUACGCGGUCGAAAAGACUGGGGCAUAUGUUUUGCUCGCGCCACCUUAAGUUCGCGCGUGAAGUUGUAUCUGUAUCACUUGGAGAGCGGAAAGAAAGUCGAAAUUGAACAGCCCUCUAAGACCUCGUAUAGGUUUAAGCUUGAGAACUCCAAGGAGUACAUUGACGUGGACACGAUCUCCGGGAGCAUAACUAUUCCCCGGGAUAUUAAUGCCGUCCCGGAGAUAUUGGCGCUCUGUUUUUCGCUGAGGACAUUGAAACAGUUUAAGUCUCGUCAUGAGUCGCAGUAUUUGUACGAGGACUCGCGAGAUUCACGCCGCGCGAAAUAUGAAACAAUCGCACGAUAACAUCACGUGUUCACCACAUGAGUGAUCACGUUGAUCACUUUUGCAAUCGAUUACUCGACAACAGCAAUCAAUUUUAUUGAUCACAAUAGCAUUCACAAAAUGAAUCAAAAUGAAUCGAGAAUAUUUUGCCAAGAAAUAAUCUCGAAUUUAGUUGGGAAUUAGAUUUAUUAGAUCAGUAUUGUUCAUAUAAUAGUAUAUUGUUUAUUUUUGGUAUAAAAAAGAUAUUUAAGUACGUUAUUCCAUAUAACCUAAGUAAUAUCUGGUGAUACUAUGAACACUCAUCCUUAUUUUUCUGCAUAAAAC